UUUUGUUCUUAUUUCAGGCUACAGACAAGAGAAAAGCUUUAGAAGAGACCAAAGCCUAUACAACCCAAUCCCUAGCUAGUGUUGCUUAUCAAAUAAAUGCAUUGGCCAACAAUGUACUCCAAUUGCUGGACAUCCAAGCCUCUCAGCUUCGGAGAAUGGAGUCUUCCAUCAAUCAUAUCUCACAGACAGUGGACAUUCAUAAAGAGAAAGUGGCUCGAAGGGAGAUUGGUAUUUUGACAACAAAUAAGAAUACAUCAAGAACUCACAAAAUAAUAGCACCUGCAAAUAUGGAGCGCCCUGUAAGGUAUAUUCGGAAACCUAUUGACUAUACAGUUCUGGAUGAUGUGGGCCAUGGUGUCAAGCAUGGAAAUAACCAGCCUGCAAGAACUGGCACACUGUCGAGAACAAAUCCUCCUACUCAGAAACCACCAAGUCCUCCCAUGUCAGGCCGGGGAACAUUGGGACGGAAUACGCCUUACAAAACCCUGGAACCUGUUAAACCUCCAACAGUUCCUAAUGACUACAUGACCAGUCCGGCUAGGCUUGGAAGUCAGCAUAGCCCAGGCAGGACAGCUUCUUUAAACCAGAGACCGAGGACACACAGUGGAAGUAGUGGGGGAAGUGGAAGUCGAGAGAACAGUGGAAGCAGCAGUAUUGGCAUUCCCAUUGCCGUGCCUACACCUUCACCACCCACUAUUGGAUCAGCGGCCCCGGGCUCAGCUCCUGGUUCCCAGUAUGGCACAAUGACCAGGCAGAUUUCUCGGCACAACUCUACCACUUCCUCGACAUCUUCUGGUGGAUACAGACGAACUCCCUCUGUGACUGCUCAAUUUUCUGCUCAGCCUCAUGUUAAUGGAGGUCCACUUUAUUCUCAGAAUUCAAUUUCUAUUGCUCCACCCCCUCCCCCUAUGCCUCAGUUGACUCCACAGAUACCUCUCACAGGCUUCGUGGCCAGGGUGCAGGAAAACAUUGCUGAUAGUCCAACUCCUCCACCACCGCCUCCACCAGAUGACAUUCCAAUGUUUGAUGACUCUCCACCUCCACCACCACCACCUCCAGUGGAUUAUGAAGAUGAGGAGGCUGCAGUAGUUCAGUAUAAUGACCCAUAUGCAGAUGGGGAUCCUGCGUGGGCCCCUAAGAAUUAUAUUGAGAAAGUUGUGGCAAUAUAUGAUUAUACAAAAGACAAGGAUGAUGAGCUGUCAUUUAUGGAGGGUGCAAUCAUUUAUGUAAUAAAGAAGAAUGAUGAUGGCUGGUAUGAAGGAGUCUGCAAUCGAGUGACUGGUUUGUUCCCUGGGAACUAUGUUGAAUCAAUCAUGCACUAUACUGAUUAAAACUUUUUGCUUUUAAAGUAGGUUCUUAUUAUUAUUCAGUCAUACUGUGGGACUAUUAAUGGUUAACAAAAUUGUCUUAAAAUGUGCCCAUAUUUUCAGGACAUGCUGUUUUAUUGGUAUAAUUGAACGUCUACCUUGUAAGCAUAAAUCUUUGAGGCAGUUUGUUUAUUGCUCAACAGCAAUUUAUACAAGAGCUGUCCAUAACUGUUUAUGCUUAUAUACUUACUUACACAAUGUUAACUUUAUGACCAGCUUAAAUAUUCUGGGGAUCUGGGGUAUAAUAUUUAACAAAUCAUGAUUCAGACUGUACCAUUAAUGUUUCAGUGCAGCAUGGUUACUAAUGCUAUGUCAGACUAAUAUUAAAAUCAGAAACUUAAAUGCUGGUGCUGGUCAUACCUUUUGUUUAGACUCUCUCAUUCUUGAACUAUAACUAUUUGUUUAAAGCAUGCAUACAAAUUAAUUAUUGAAAUAUACUUCUUAAAAAUCCAGGAUGCUUCCAAUUUGUGUGAUAUUUUCUUGGAGUACUCGUACUUAGGUCUCUUGAAAUGAAUCGGGUCUCUAAGGUUUCCAUGUGAAAUAAAACAAACAAAAAAGGGUUAUCUAUAAUGUUGUAAUUUGUAACUAAGUUUUUUAAUGAGUGAAUUUGCAUUAUAAAUUUUUUCCACUCACAAAUACUUAAGUGAACCAAAGGUUUUUGUCCUUUCCUUCACUGAUUUGUUUUUAAAAAAA